AAAGCCCUGGUCUUUUUCAUCUUCUUGCACUGUGACUGAUGGCCGCCAGCAUUGCAAUGGCAGUGGCAGUGGCAAUGCCACGCAGUUAACCAAGGGUGCGCAUGAGGGUUGGUAAUAUGACAUUCAACACCCGCUGCGCAUCAACAGCUCUCUACUCCAUCGACAGACACACCAUGCCAUAUAUUACACCGCACACACACACAGACAGAACAGUUUUCUCUUUCUGUUAUACCUCUUCCUGUUGUAUAUCUCCCGACAGCAAUGAGGGUACCGAGAGAGAGAGAGAGAGAGAGAGAGAGAGAGAGAGAAGUAAAGCACGGGAUAACGCAGCGUGGGGGGGCGUGCUUCCAGAGAGAGGGGAGAGGAGGGGGAGUUUUGGCCAACAGUUGUACACCACCACCACCACCACACACAUAACGACAACACCCGACGCUGGACAAACACGACAAAAGACAAGACGAGGGCCCGGGCCGCGCCGAUCUUUUAGAAAUCCAGCAGACAACUUGUGUUCCCCUGCUGGAACAUUUGUUUCUUUUUGGCGUAGGGUUCUUUUUGCUUCAGUCAACGUCGUCGAUGCCAAUUUGGGCCUCUGGGGCGUAGGCAGGAUGGGCGUGGGUGUGCCUGGGUGCGGGCUUUGUCUCGGGCUUUGUAACGAGCCCGCGCCCGGUACUCCGUUGCGUCGUCCAGUCUACCCAGAAGUCCCCUUCUUGGCGUCAUGGUAUGCAUUAUACGCUACUGUGCCUACAUCAUGUACGUCAUGCUUCUGGUGAACAGCGCCCUUGGCAAAAUCACUAUGUAGAAGCCCUUGCUCAGUCAAGAGAGGUUGUGGUUGGAUUUGGUAUAUUUAUGCGCUAUUGAGGUAUCUUGAAUAUCAAUUUAUUACGUUAGCACCAGACACAGUUAAGUGUCGUGGUGUGUUCUCUUCCGCCAGAACC